AUGUUAUUAUUACUAUUAUUAUUGUUAUUAUUAUUACUGUCAAUUUUCUCCUCAACAAUAGUGUUAAUUUUGGUGGAUGGUAUUCCUACAACUAUUAUUUCAUCAUCAUUAUCAUCAUCAUCAUCAUCAUCAUUAUCAUCAUCACCAUCACCAAUCACUCAACCUUCUCCGCCACCUAAUUUUUCAAAUGACCAAAAAAGCGCACAUUCAGCAACAUUUCCAGCUUUGCUAACACAAUUGGAGCAUACAGAGGAGCAAAACUGUGAAAGUCUUCUUGCAUUACCAAAUUUGCAUUAUUUGCUAGAACAUCAAUUAAAGCGCAAUAAUCCACAGCUCUUAUUACUGGCGCAAUUGAUCGCUGAGAAUCCUCACUCACAUUUGCUUCAUCUUCCUGCAAAUGUUUCCCUAAUUUUGGAUUCAUCAUUAGCUUAUAAUCUAUCGUCACCAUUAUUCGUCUUACAACUACAAUGCAGUCAAGUGGGUGAUGACUCAUUACAGCAAUGGAUUCCACUACUUAUUUAUCCAACUUCUGCUUUUCAAUUUUACCUAACCGUACGUCUACGACCUUUUGACCUAAACGCUUGCACUUUAUCACAAUGCAGCAAUACAAAGUGUACGUGGACGAGACAUGGUGGUAUACGAGUUUAUGCUCGUACGUGUUGCACCAAUGAUACGUCAUUAUGCCGUGAUGCCGCGGAGCAAGGUCAUAGUAUUUUGGUGCUUUUUAAUGGAUUAUGUUCAACAAUUUGUAUUUUACUAAUAUCGGUUGUUAUUCGAGAACGUCGCAGACAUCAUGAAGCACGUGGUUGGGCGUUAAUGGAAAUUUUUCUUCUUGGUGCUGCCUUGUUAUAUGCUGUUCUAUUGCUGGAUUGGUUUAAUUCAGCAAUUUCAACGUGUUGUUUUGCGGUAUGGCUACGUCAAAUUGGUUUUUCAACAUUUUAUGGAUCAAUUGUUUUGAAAAUUUACAGGAAUUUACAAGAAUAUCGUGUACGUAAAGCACAUCAUGUUAUUGUAAAAGAGGAAGAUUUGAUGAAAUAUUUGGCAUGUUUAUUAGCAUUAACAUUAACUGGGCUUAUUGCUUGGACACUUGGCUCAUUUGCUGAUCAAGAGCUUUGGAAAAGUGCUUGGCCACAAUGUCCCAUACAAAUGUGGUGUUUAGCUUGGCAAGGUUAUGAAUCGUUAUUUCUAAUCUAUGGGAUGCGAUUGUGUUAUAAAGCUCGAAAUAGUAGUUGGCUGGAACGAUGGCAAUUUACAAUUGCUGUAUGUUUGGAAGCAAUUGUAACACUUCUUGCUAAUUUUAUAAGAUAUUCCAUUCGUUAUUCAGCACAAAGUGAUACACUGAUGACUAUCACAUUUGUACAAUUACAUUUGACUGUUUCUAUUAAUAUUGUUAUUAUCAUUGCUCCCAAAUUUUAUUUGGUUAGCUCUGGUGGCACAAGGCGUACACAGACAUUAGCAGGUACUGGAAGUAAAGCACAUCCAUCAUUGGCUAAACUUCGUGAUAAUUUAUUGAAUGGAACAAUUGAUUUUGCCGAAGUGCCAAUAGUUGAUAUGAAUCCGGAAGAUAUAAGGGCUGAAUUGAAACGAGUCUACACACAGCUAAGAAUGUACAAAUUGAAAAAUUUGUAUCAAGAUAAUCCACAUAUCAGUAGACGAAAAGGUGGUAAAAAAUCAAGCACUGAUAAAACAAUUAUUAAAAAUCGACGCAUUUCAGUACCUACAACAAAUUCUCCUAAAAUUAAAAGAAUUGAUGAUGAGGAACGGAACGAUUUAACAGUGGAAUCGGCACCUCACAAUGUCUUCCUUUCAACAUAUAAACUACAGUUAGAACCACAUCAAUCUGUACGUGUGUAG